UGUAGGGACGGAGCGGCGCGCCUGGGACGCUGUCGGCGGCGCGGCGCGGGUGGGAUGAGGUGCGCGGCUUUGCUGUGGGGCUGGCUCCUGCUUGGCUGCUGCUGGGGCCCGGCCCCCCCUGGGGUCAGUGCCGCUGCGUUCUUGACGGCCACCUACGUGCUGGACGAUGCCAGCGGGCCGGGCAGGCAGUUCGACGGGAUCGGGGCUGUCAGCGGCGGCGGGGCCACAUCUAGACUUCUGGUGAACUACCAAGAACCUUAUCGCUCCCAGAUUUUAGAUUAUCUGUUCAAGCCAAGUUUUGGUGCUUCUUUACAUAUACUCAAAGUAGAAAUUGGAGGUGAUGGACAAUCAACAGAUGGUACUGAACCCUCCCAUAUGCACUAUGAAAAUGAUGAGAACUACUUCCGGGGCUAUGAAUGGUGGCUGAUGAAAGAAGCUAAAAAGAGGAACCCCAAAAUUAAACUGAUUGGAUUACCUUGGACAUUUCCGGCAUGGAUAGGGAAGGGUGAAAACUGGCCCUAUGACUAUCCAGAUGUCACUGCUUAUUAUAUUGUUUCUUGGAUAUUAGGAGCUAAACAGUAUCAUGAUUUGGACAUUGACUAUAUUGGGAUAUGGAAUGAAAGGGCAUUUAGCAGCAAAUAUAUUAAGCUGUUGAGAUACACGUUGGAUAAGCACGGUCUGCAGCAGGUGAGGAUCAUAGCCAGCGAUAGACUGUGGGAGCCCAUUUCCUUUGUCUUGCUGCUUGACUCUGAGCUCCACGGAGUGGUCGAUGUGAUUGGGGCUCACUAUCCUGGAACAAAAACAGUGCCAAACGCCUUAUUAACUAAGAAGAAACUGUGGUCUUCGGAAGAUUACAGUACUUUCAAUGAUGAAGUAGGUGCAGGCUGCUGGGCUCGGAUCCUGAACCAAAACUACGUGAAUGGAAACAUGACCUCAACCAUUGCAUGGAACUUGGUGGCUAGUUAUUAUGAAGAGUUGCCCUUUGGUCGAUGUGGAUUAAUGACAGCGCAAGAGCCAUGGAGUGGCCACUACAAAGUAGAAGCUCCUAUCUGGAUUACAGCACACACAACACAAUUUACUCAGCCAGGCUGGUCAUACUUGCAAGUGGAUGGACACUUAGAAGGAGGUGGCAGCUUUGUAGCUCUCACAGAUGGCCUGGGAAACCUUACCAUCAUCAUUGAAACUAUGACUCAUAAUCACUCUCAAUGUAUCAGGCCUCCACUGCCUCAUUUCAGUGUGACACCUCAGAGAGCAACUUUCUACCUCAAAGGGUCAUUUUAUAUGGUGGAAACCCUUGAAGUGUGGCAUUCUAGACUUGGUUUUGAAUCUGGAAACUCUAGUCUUUUCCAGCAACUCCAUCCUGUAAAGGUGUGGAAGGGAAGUUUUUCUUUAGAUCUGAACGUGGAUGAAGUCUACACUUUAACUACACUCAAGACAGGGCAGAAAUGUGGUUGCCCAGAGCCUCCACCACCUCAGCCCUUUCCUUCAAAUUACAAAGAUGAUUUCAAUAUUCGUAAUCCACCUUUCAGUGAAGCCCCAAAUUUCGCAGAUCAGACAGGUGUAUUUGAAUACUUCAUAAAUGCUUCUGACCCAGGAGAUCAUGUGUUCACACUCCGCCAGGUGGUGGUUCAGCGACCUAUCACUUGGGCUUCUGAUGCAGACCAGACCAUCAGUGUCAUAGGAAAUUUUCAGUGGGUAAACAUGACAGUCACUUGUGACAUCUACAUAGAAAAACAACGUGAUGGGGGCGUGUUUGUUGCAGGAAGAGUUGACAAUGGUGGGAUAUAUGUUCGACGUACCAAAGGAGUUUUCUUCUGGGUUUUUGCAGAUGGCACCUACAGAGUCACUGGUGAUCUAGCCGGAGAAGAAAUAUUAAUGAAAGGACUGUCUGGUGUCCGGGAUAACGCGUGGCACACACUUACUCUCAACAUUCAGGGCACUUCUGCCUCAGGGCUCUUAAAUGGUUAUCCACUCUGGGAGAAUGUCACCAUUUCGAAACUAACUAACGGCUGGGCUGCUAUUGGAACUCGCUCGUUUGAGUUUGCACAGUUUGACAACUUUCAUAUUGAAGCUAGCUGAGGUGGCUUUUGCAUUUGGAGAACCCAGUUCUCAUAUUACUUUGAAUAAGAGCCAGUUCAAACUUUGAGGACAACUUAAUGCUAUGCUGAGACUGAUCUGUUGGCAAGGAAUCUGAAUUCUGUCCUUAUUAUUUGUUAAAGGUUUACUUGAGCAGGUAUCAAUAUGGCUGUAACUUUAUCCCCUGGUUGCGAUGGGAUUUUUGCCCUUUGAUUUUUGGGGGUAAAUUUUAGUUCAAGGUAAUGAUGAAAACCAAAUCAUGGAUUUAAAACUCUUUUAAUAAAACGACAUCUUAACUUCCCAGCUCACUUUCAAGAUAACUGUAGAAGUUAACAGAAGAGGCAUCUCAAGCUGCAUUUUUAAUACUUACAUGAUUGUGUCCAUUCCUUUCAUUCUGAAAGAAAGAAUUAAAUGCCAGUAAGCCUUAUGAGCCAGUGGCCCCAUACUUUCGUAGGUCUGUCAUUCUCAAAUUUCACUGGAUGAAGUACGUAGUUUUUCUAUAGUAAAAAAAAAAAAGGUGUUUUGUCUGUGUUUCUGCUACAAUCUGAGGCUAGACAUUACAGUACUCCAAGUGCAUUUGAUUACUUCUUCCUGAUUACUUCUUCCAACUUUCAUUGCCAGUCUUAAAAUAGAUCAUAUUUUCAGUGGAAUGGAAAUGUGCCUUAUGGCUGGUCAGACGGUGCAGGAUGUGCCUUACUUCUAAACUACCUCCUCUUUCCAAUGAAAGGGUUGAAAUGGUUGAAAAGAUACCGUAACUUGCAGUUCGUUAAUGAUAGCUUUGUGGGUUUUUUGGGGUUUGGUUUUGUGGUUUUUUGUUUGGGGUUUUUUUUUUUUUUUCAUGGUGUGUGAAGAAUAAAAACUUUGCAUCAUGGAUGCUGCCAAGCAGAGUGCUUACUUUCAUGUCAGGUCACAUGUGGAAAAACUGGCCUUUUGUUCCUAGAAACUUGGGCAACCAUCUCUCACUUUUGAUGGAUCUAAAGCUUAGAGCAGAAAAUAAUUAAAGCAUCACAAUGUUAUUUAGCUUAUUAUAUUACUGUAGCACAGAGGAGAUGCGGACACUAUCACAUCCUGGUAUAAAAGAAAAUAAAAAAAUAGCCUUUGCCUGUAAGAGCUUGCAAUCUGUUCAUAAGGUAAGUGACAGCAGGUGGACACAGACAGAAUUGUUUAGUGUGCCAGGCAGUGGUAUUGACACAAUAGUGUCUGUUUUUAAACUUUUCCUAGGCAUCACGGAGUAAAGUUCAGAGGGAAUUUCAGGUCCUUGGGAAAGGAGGGAUUCUGUUUUGCUGUUGCUUCAUUGUUUUUUUUCCAAGUUACUGUGCUACAAAAAAAAAAAAUUCACUGCGAAUAUAAUGAGGUACUGAAUAGGAUUUUCAUCACACACAUUCCAAAUUCAGUUGGCUUCUGAAUUUUUCUUGUUUGCUGUUGGUCAAUUUGAAUGAAGAUGAUAUCUAUUGCCAUAACGAAACAUGCCUCCUGUGUCUGUCUACUUUUCACAUUCACAUCCUAUUUAAUUGACAAGCAAGUAGUUCCACACACUUGAUAGGGCACUGAUAGCUGUAUGAGGCUAUCCAUAGCAGGCAGUAUCUUAUCUUGAGAAACAGAUUUGCAGUCUGCUUUGAUUUAUACAGAUAAUUAUUCUGAUCCACUUUAUUUUGAAGGCUGAUUCUAGUAAGUGUUUAGUCUUCGAAGUUGUCAUCUAAUACAGAGUUAAUCUAAUACAAAUCAUUACUGGAAAAUUUUUAUAAAGGUUAUCUUCCAAAUUAGCUUUUGGAAGAGAGUUCUCAAAAUUUUAUCUCUAAUAAGUUACUCUAAUUAGUAACUCCAUCUCUAAUAAGUUUUAUCUUUUAGCUGUUAUACUGAUACUGCUAUUGACUGGUUAUAAGUCAUUCAUACGUGCAAGUUUCAUACAUGCUAGUAACCCUGAAAAUGGUCUAAACCACUAAACUUUAAAACUCUUUUAGAAGGCUUCCAAAUAUUAAGUAACUAUUUACUUAACUGGGUGAAAAAUGAAAGCCAUUUUUCCACUUCAGUUUCAUUUGAUGGUUGAAGUAUAGGUGCAAAUCUGUUCAUUACUUGCUUGAUUUCAGAAGGGAUGUCACUGGUAACUCCAGAUAUGAAGGAAUCUAAUUUUAGGUCCUCAUAUUCAAAUAAUAUGAGUAUAGGAGAAGUAGUUCUCAAAAAAACCCCAACUUAUUUCAGCUGUGAUGGUUUUUCCUAGUAGGAUACUUCUUGGAGACUUCCUGGUAGCUUGUGUGGCUGCAAGCAGUGUUUGUGUAAGAGAGAGAUCAGCAAUGAUGCAAUUAUUUCAAAGGAGCUGUCCACUUUUUUUACCUUUUAAUGCAAUAGUGGAAUAAACUGUACUGUUAUAUUGUGCACUAACACAAUGUAUUUUAUCCCUGGAAGUGCUGAUUUUUUUCUAAUCUUAAUUUAUAAUGUUAGAGGAUUAAACUGUUAUGAACAGAGUAAGUGAUUUAAUGGUGAUAUAAUGUUAUUCAUCUUUAUAUGUCUGUAAUUCUUCACCCUUCAGCAGGCUGUAAUAUGUUUGGCAAUAACAAGCUGUCAGGUCUUUCACUGAGGGGUGGAUUUAUGUUGUUGAUUAUAAAUACUAAUCAUUGCAAAUAGACAAAUAAAACACUUAAAACUCCUUUA